AAAAGCGCAUGUCUCGCACCAGGAACAUCAGUCCAUGAAAUAAAGUGCAAGGAUUAUUAACCAUGUCUCGCGAUAGUUUCGUAUUACUCCUAAUGAUUGGAGUGCUUUGCAGCAUGACUAACGCACAGAGACGGUGUCCGAGAAAUCAAGAAUGGACCACUUGUGGAUCGGCAUGUCCACCAUCUUGCAACUCGCAACCUAAUCAACCCUGCACUCUGCAAUGCGUGAUAGGAUGCCAAUGCAGACAAGGAUUUCUGCUACAUUCCUCAGGAAACUGUGUGCACCCUACACAAUGCUAGAAAUUAACAAAUAUGUACUUACUAAGGAGUUGAGAAAUUUUGUUUAACGUCAACGAUAUUUUUUACAAAAAUUUCAACUAAAAAUCAUCGGCAUGCUAAUAUCAACAUGUAAUAAAUGCAAUUUGACACAUUAUUAAUGUUUAUAUAUGUUUACUGAUUAAUAAAAAACAAACAAGAUUAAUAAUA